CUAGUUUGAACGCGCCGCGCCGGAAAGAGGUUGAUUCGGUGGAAUCGGGUGUGGGGGAGAUCCCUCCUGAGUCCGAGGGCUUCCUGUCGGAGGCGGAGGGACGCGUAAGCGAUCCCCGACACCAGCGGCAGGAACCGACGAAAGGUGUUGCCAUGGUGAUGGCUGUGGAAGACAGCACAGUUCGGGUGGUCGUGCGGGUGAGGCCCCCCACCCCUAAGGAGCUAGAGAGUCAGCGGCGGCCUGUGAUUCAGGUGGUAGAUGAACAGAUGCUGGUGUUUGACCCUGAGGAGUGUGAUGGGGGAUUUCCUGGCCUGAAAUGGAGUGGCUCCCACAAUGGCCCCAAGAAGAAGGGCAAAGACCUGAGAUUCGCCUUUGACCGUGUCUUUGGUGAGAAGUCCACUCAACAGGAUGUGUUCCAGCACACUACACACAAUAUCCUCGACAGCUUUCUCCAGGGCUACAACUGCUCAGUGUUUGCCUACGGAGCCACCGGGGCUGGGAAGACACACACUAUGCUGGGAAGGGAGGGAGAGCCCGGCAUCAUGUACCUGACCACCAUGGAACUGUACAGGCGUCUGGAAGCCCGCCAGGAAGAAAAGCAAUUCGAGGUUCUCAUCAGUUACCUGGAGGUAUAUAAUGAGCAGAUCCAUGACCUCCUGGAGCCCAAAGGACCCCUUACCAUCCGUGAGGACCCUGAUAAGGGUGUUGUGGUGCCAGGGCUUUCUUUCCACCAGCCAGCCUCAGCAGAGCAGCUCCUUGAGAUGCUGACCAGAGGCAACUGCAGCCGCACACAGCACCCCACGGAUGCCAACGCCACAUCUUCCCGCUCUCAUGCCAUUUUCCAGAUCUUUGUGAAGCAGCAGGACCGGGUGCCAGGACUGACCCAGGCCCUUCAAAUAGCUAAGAUGAGCUUGAUUGACCUGGCUGGCUCAGAGCGGGCAUCUAGCACCCAUGCCAAAGGAGAGCGUCUGCGGGAGGGUGCCAACAUCAACCGCUCUCUGUUAGCACUCAUCAAUGUCCUUAAUGCCCUGGCUGAUGCAAAGGGCCGCAAGUCUCACAUACCCUACCGAGACAGCAAACUGACCCGCCUGCUCAAGGACUCCAUUGGGGGCAACUGCCGUACUGUGAUGAUCGCUGCUGUCAGUCCUUCCGGCCUGACCUACGAGGAUACUUACAACACCCUCAAAUAUGCUGACCGUGCCAAGGAGAUCAGACUCACACUGAAGAGCAACGUGAUCAGCGUGGACCAUCACAUUAGCCAAUAUGCCACCAUCUGCCAGCAGCUCCAGGCUGAGGUGGCCUUCCUGAGGGAGAAGCUCCAGGCGUAUGAGGCUGGAGCCCAGGCCCUGCAACAGCACUCUUCACAGACCCCCAAGUUCCAGGCGUAUGAGGCUGGAGCCCAGGCCCUGCAACAGCGCUCUCCACAGACCCCCAAGCUGAGCAUACCACAAAGUCUUUCUAGCUCCUCAUUACAGCCUGGGCUAGCCAGCCAGUCCUCCACCCCAGAGUUCCAUGCAAAGUCUGAAGCUCUUCAAGAGGAGAGCCUGGGAACAGCUACCCAGGGACAGGAGAUUGUGGAAGAAAAUGCUUCAGAGCAGGAGCAGUGCCCCCAGGACAGACAGUUUUCAACCCAGAAGCCAGAGCCGAACCUGCCAGGGUCCCCUAGUCCAACGGGGCAGGCGAAGCCAGGCAUGAGGCAACAUUCACCACAGAAACUGGAUGCGGACCACUCCAAACAGUUGGCCCUCCGGGUACUACGCCUGGCCCAGCAACAAUACUCCCUGCUACAGGCAGCCAGCCUCCUGACUCCUGACAUGAUCUCAGAAUUUGAGACCCUGCAGCACCUAGUGCUCGAGGAAAGCAUUGAACAUGGGGCUGAGAGCCCCAGGUCUCGUAGUCUGGCCAGGGGGGACCCGCUAGCCCAAGAGCUGUGUUCAGAAUCUAAAUCGUCAGGGUACUGUGGUCCAGUAACCCGGACCAUGGCAAAGCAACUGAAUGGUCUCACACACACUCUGGGGAUCCCACUGGUACCUGACUGCGCCUCAGAUAAGACAUUCCAAAAGCCUACCAAGGAGAAGAAAAGGAAGCUGAACCCGGAAGAGCCAGACAGCCUACCAGCCCCAAAUCUGGAGACGAAGCGGCAGCGCCAGUCCUUCCUCCCCUGCCUGCGGAGGGGCUCUCUACCUAAGGCCCAGCCGUCCUCUGAGCCCAGAACGCCCCAAAGAGAAAGGGCCUCUCCCCCCUCCCCCUCCCCCCGAGUCUGCCCAGCCACGGUCAUUAAAAGCCGGGUACCCCUGGGCCCUUCUGCCUUACAGAACUGUUCCACCCCUCUGGCCCUACCCACUCGUGACCUCAACACCACCUUCAAUGUCUCUGAGGAGUCCCCUUUCAAACCCAGGUUCCAUGAACAAAAAGUUUCCCCGGAGCUGAACAGCACAGACCAGCCCUUUCUCCCCAGCGCACCUGUCUUCAUAUUCACCGUGAAGGACCGCAAGCCUUCUCUUCCUAUAACCACUGCCGGCAAGAAGAGGCGUGCUGUGAGGCCCUCGGUCUCCCGAGGCUACAGCUGCAUUGCCCGUCUCCACAGUAGUACCUUGAAGAAGCCAGACUGACCCCUCACGGUCCCAGGCUGUGCAGAGCCACCCUUGAGCCCCCACUGCCUUGAUGACCAGAGGACUCCUAAGGGGCUGAUCGGGUGACAGAGUGCUGUUAACUGGGUGUCCUGACCACGAGGGACUCCUGGCAACCAUGACUGUUCUGAUUGGCCAACAGCCUUCUCUUGUCCUUGUAGCUGCCAAUGCAAAGAGUCCCUGGCCUGCCUUCCCCCCCUUGGAGCAAUUAACACCACCAUGCCUUAGCUCUGUUAACACCCCUCCCCAACCACGGUCUAUUUGCCUUCUUUAUUAGUCUCUUUCACACUCAGCUUCUUGGUAUAUACAUAUUCCUUUGUGAGUGUUAAGCGUGUAGCUGUAUUAAAGGAUCCUGUCGGGGCUUCUCAUUCCCAAAGCCUUCCACACAAGCAGGGAACUCUUGGGCUCUGUUCUUUACCCCUCAGCUCCAUGUCUGACAGCAGGGCUCUGCACAGUGAAGGUGGAUGAGGACAAGAGGGGUUGCUGACAAGUGCCGGCUUAGCUCUCCUGGUGCUAAACACACCAUACAUCCAGAAUGUAAGGACAGAGGGGAAUGUGAGGAUAGAGCUUUGGUCUAAAUGCUAGCUGGUUGUGUCAGUAUUUAGGCAUCCUUCUCAUCUUUGGCUUCUCUAUAUUCACAUGUAUUUAUAUGUAUACACAUAGGUGUAUAGAUUUUGUUGUAAUAAUUAAUAAACAUUCCCAUCUCUGGUGUCUUCUUCCUUCUACACUCUGAAAA